GCGUCCGACGUCCACCUGCGCGCCACGUCAUCGUCUCUUCGUCUUUCUGAGCUAUGGCGAUGAAGCCGUCGGCCUAUUCGAAGGAGGGCUUCGUUCAUGGCUCUUUCUUUACAAACGUUGGAGUCUUGGGGCUAGUACUGGCAUGUCCUCCGACAAUCAUUUACAUGUGGUAUAUCAUAGCGCACCUUGAUGGAUCUUUGUCCUCCUUCAUAACAAUGUGCUGGAAGGAAGGUCUUGGCUCCGUUCUGGCCGUAUGGCCACAACCAAGUGGCAUGGCGUGGAAAUUGAUUGGUUCAUUUGCAUCUUUUGAGGCUUUGCUCCUGCUUGCCAUGCCUGGGAAAGAGUUCAUCGGGCCAGUCUCUCCAGCUGGGAACCGGCCAGUAUACAAGUGUAAUGGUGUGCAAUGCUUCAUCACAACCAUGCUGGUCUACCUUGGCAUUUGGAAAUUGGGGUGGUUCAAUCCUGCGUUGGUGUAUGAUCACCUGGGAGAAAUAUUUUCUGCAUUAAAUGUGUCCAGCUUCAUCUUCUGUUUCCUUCUCUAUGCAAAGGGUCAUCUGGCGCCAUCUUCAUCAGAUUGGGGAUCAUCCGGUAAUAUUUUGUUUGACUUCUUCUGGGGUAUGGAGCUUUAUCCGCGGAUAGGCAAAAAUUUUGACAUCAAAACGUUCACGAAUUGCAGAUUCGGCAUGAUGGGAUGGGCAGUUCUGAUCUUGUCUUAUGCCAUCAAGCAGGCGGUGGAGACCCACCGUGAGGAGCUGGCGGAGGAGUUGGAGGAGGUGAGGCAGCCAUUCUGGAUCACUGGUGCCACCCUCCUCUCCGACGGGAGGAAAUCACGAGACGGGAGACCGAUCGUGAAUUUCCUUGCUGCCGGCUCGCGAGGGGUCGUCGUCUACACGACGAUCAAUCGCGAGGGCGAGCCGGACGAUGCAGUGCACGUCCUUCGAAGAUGGGUGACCAUCUUCCACGAGUUCAGUUUCGGCGGCCCGCAGCGGGUCAAUGCGAUAUGCACAGACUCCGCAUCGGCGUACGUGGGGGCUGCGAGGGCAUUGGCCUCGCCGGGCAUCCCUCCUGCAAUCAGGAGGAUCACUUGGCUUCCGUGUUCCGUCCAUGUCUGCAACAAAUUGUUGUCAGACAUGGGGACGAGUUGCGACGCGUUUGUGGACGCGAUUACACGCGCUCGUGUUCUGGUGGUGUUUUUCAAAACCCACCAGGCCGCCCUUUAUUUCUUUAGGAAGCGGAUCCCCAACAAGGGGCUUGUGCUUUCUUGCGAGACGCGGUUCGCGUCUGUUUAUUCUAUGUUGGAGAGACUGUUGGCCCUGCAGGACGCUCUGCAGGCGAUGAUGCGAGGGGAUGAGGGGCGGGAGUUUGCUUCUAUACCGUGGUCCGUCGAUGUGUGCGACAUGGCGCGUUGGGUGCGCCGACAGAUCAGAUGGGAGCCUUGGUGGCACACGAUGGCCACCAUAGUCCACAUCAUGCAGCCCGUUAUGGAGCUGCUUAGGCGGAUGGAUCGUGGGGGGCAGUACAUGUCCCUCAUGAUCGAGUGGACACAGGAUCUUGUCCGCCGUGUCACUGAUGCAUGUGCUCCUUUGGGGAGGGUUUUCGCUGACCGCAUCAUCAGGCGUGUGCAGGCUCGCACACAGCACAUGCUGGAGCCUGCUCACUGCGCGGGGUUCUUACUGAACCCCCGCAGACGACAUGUUGAGUACUUUUCGGGCGAGGUGAGGGAUUACCCUCGUUGGCUUGUAAGGCAAGCCAAGAGGUACAUUUUGACGCAGACGGGUUACGAGGAGGAUGGUGUGGAGUACAUCAUUGCAUGUCGGCAGUUUAAGGACUUCCACAUGCAGCAGGGCACAUUUGGGGAUUGGGGAGGGGGGGAGGGGCGUGCUCGUGGGCGUGCUUGCAGCGGCGACAGGGAGACGAUUGAGUGCGCGUCCUGGUGGUCUCAGUACGGGUCUGGCGCACCUGAGUUGCAGCGCUGCGCUCUUCGUGUGAUGCACAUGUGGUCUUGCGCCUCUCCAACGGAGAGGAACUGGGCAAUCAACGAGGGCAUUCACACGAAGAAGCACAACCAGUUGGCCUUUGAGAAGGUCGUUCAGCUGGUUGAGAUCACCGCGAAUGUGCGGUUGUCGGAGUAUCGGCGGGCUGGGUGCGGUUAUGUGCUGCCAUGGCAGCGGGACGAGGGCAUGCUAGACUGCCAGGCCGGACUGGAGUUGGAGCUAGUGCGCACGGGCACGCGCAGGGGGAUGACGCCGGAGGAGAUUGCCCGUCAGGUUGCGCUUAUCACCCGGGAUCCCAUCGGGGUCUCCGCACCACCCGCCGCUGAGGCCAUAUUCGGUAGACGUGCUUCCAUUUUCCGUCCUUACCCCAGGGAGGAUGAUUCCGACGAGGAGCCGGUACCCGAGGCAGCGGACCACCCCGCGCUCUGCAUUCCCCGUGAGAUCGACGAGACGCACCUGGACCCUGAGGAGGACACCAGGGCGCAUACUGCACGACGGGCGGCUGACAGGGCGGAGAGGGAGACGAUGGGGGGAGAGGAGGAGUUGUGGGGACCGUUCGGGGAGGUCGCUUCGACGGGCGGCACAGGAGCGCGGGCGACGAGCCCCGCUCCGACGAGGCAGGAGUCGUCCAUGCCGCCACCUUCUGCUUCGAGUCCUACACCUCCAUCGCCCGUCGCGCCAUAUGAGCCGACCACGGCAGCAGAGGACACGGAGGAGUUGGCGUCCUCUUUGCCUCAGCGCGGACUACUCCACAGAGGCGGGGAAGUCCGACAGCUGAGGUUACGAUCACCUUCUCCGGGGGUCUUGCAGGAGGAGGGGGGACUGUCGGCAGCAGCAGUGGAGGGGGAGAUGGCAGUGGAGGGGGGAUUGGCGGACACGACGAUUGCAGGUGUGGUGGACCAGAUAGCUGUAGCAGCAGCGGCUUCAUUGCUAGAGGAGAUGGCAGCUUCAGUGUUGGCGGGGGAGGCACCAGCGCCAGGGGGAGCAGAUGCAGUGGAGGGGCAGGCGGGAGCAGCUGGAGGAGCAGCGGGAGGAGCAGCUGGUGGAGCAGCUGCACUGGAUGGGCUUGUGGCUGCAGCAGAAGGAGCAGCGAGACGAGGGUCGGAUGUAGUGGGGGGGGGAAUGCCAGGAGCAGUGGAGGAGGAGAUAGGGGCACAGGCGGAGGUGUCGCGUGGGGGCGGCGACGAGCGCCUCAUGCAGCAGUUCCUCACGGAGCAGUACGAUUCGGUCAUGGCUGGUAUGACCCCAGGUGUGGCGAGGGGGUUGGGGUAUGAGAUGCAAGGUUUUAUUGCUGACUCCAUGCUAGUGUCAGUAUCUCUGAUGCUUAUUUACAUUGCCAAGUUCUUCUACUGGGAAUCUGGAUACUGGAGUACCAUGGACAUCAUGCAUGAUCGAGCUGGUUUUUAUCUGUGCUGGGGAUGCUUAGCAUGGCUGCCAUGUGUGUACACUUCACCUGCAAUGUAUCUUGUCCAGCACCCAAAUUUGCUUGGGGUGGAGCUAGCAAUAUGUGUCUUCAUUCUUGGUGUAGUCUGCAUCUUUGUGAACUACGACUCCGAUCGGCAGAGGCAACAAUUUCGGAGCACAGGUGGAAAAUGCCUUAUAUGGGGAAAACCCUGUGUCAAGUCCAGGUGCAGCGAAAAUGACCGGGCGUUCUAUUCGGGUGAAGACGGUAGUGCCACAAGGUACAAGAAAUUCUGGGACAUGUACCGUGAAAAGGUGCCUUACAAAGUUAUUCCUGGAGUGUACUGAAGAUGUGUGGUUAACAGGAGGGCCCCUCUUUAGCCCAUAGAUCAAGCCUGCCAAGUUUUUUUUUUUUUUUCAGAGGGCGGAUGGAGGGGUGUGGGAGAAGAGAGGCUCCCCAAUCACUGGAAUGUGCAUUUGGAGAGAAUUGUUUUAUCGUGUGUCUGACAGACAGUGUCUUUUCAAAUUUGAACUUUGGUGUUCUUGGACCCUGGGAAAUUACUGGUUUCUUUUUUCUUUUCUUUUUUUUUCCUUUUUUUUUUCCUUUUUUUUUUCCAAUGAACUUUGCCUUACAAUUUCAGAAUGAUCAAAUGAGGCCGGGGUCCUCACAGUCUACCCGGGGAACAGUUUCCCUUCUGGAAGCAAUUACCCAGUUUCGCUUACUCGCUUACGGGAGAAGCCCGCCAGAGGAACAUUUCUCUGAUAAACAAAAUUACGCGAG